CACGGAAGCAAUGUUGCAGAUUUCUCCCAUCGCUACUCUCCACUCUCCUCCGCAUCUCUCUCUUCCGAACUCCGAAACCGUUUUCUUCACAGUUGCUGUUGAAGCUCAAUCCAACCGUCUCCAAUGGCGUCUCCCCACGCUUCUCUCCCUUCACUCUCUUCAAUUCGCUCCCGUCGUUCACCGCCGGUUUCUCCCAACAUCGUAGCUUCCUUGGUUCUGCACUCCAGAUUGCCGUUCGGUGGCCGCUGCCGGAGACUUCUCCGCAGACGUCUCUGUAGAGCUAUGGUUCAGCAGGCCGCUCAAGGAGCUCCGGCGAUUUAUGCCAAGGAGAUGGAGAGGCUCUCUGCUAAGGAAUCGCUGCUGUUGGCAUUCAAAGAUUCUGGAGGUUUUGAGGCUUUAGUUACUGGAAAAACAACGGAUAUGCAGAGAAUUGAUGUGAAUGAGAGGAUAACUGGUCUUGAGCGUCUUAAUCCCACUCCUCGACCAACAACGUCCCCUUUUCUAGAAGGUAGAUGGAAUUUUGAAUGGUUUGGAUCUGGAAGCCCAGGAUUUGCUCCUACGAUAAUAUUUCAGAGAUUUCCAUCAACUCUGGCUAAUUUGUCAAAACUGGAUGCUUUUAUCAAAGAUGGCACUGCUAGGAUCACUGCUAAUGUUAAACUAUUAAAUUCGAUAGAAAGUAAAGUUAUUUUGUCCACCAAGUUAUCAGUGGAGGGACCCUUACGACUGAAAGAGGAAUAUAUUGAAGGGAUACUUGAAACGCCAUCUGUUAGUGAACAAUCAGUACCAGAACAGCUAAAAAGCGCAUUUAGUCAGGUAGUCAACACGGUGCAGCAACUUCCAGUUCCUAUCAAAGAUGUCAUUGCCGGUGGGCUUAGAGUUCCUCUAACUGGAUCUUAUCAAAGGCUCAUGAUGAUUUCUUAUCUUGAUGAGGAAAUUCUAAUUAUUAGAGAUACUUCUGGGGUGCCUGAAGUUCUUACAAGGCUGGAUUCUCCUCCAACUCCCCUGGAGCCAAACGCAACAGACUAUGAAAGCUAGUGUGAUCUUUCUUCAAUGCAUUUCCAUUAUAAUAAAUUCAAUUUCUCUCGUUCUCUCUCCCAGAUUCUUUUGCCUUUUCAUCCCAUACACUUCCACUUUAAUGAAUGCCAUAGCACUUGACAAAUUCUUGUCAUUUCUGCCUUAAAACUAAUCCAAAAGGUGAAAGAAUUCAUCCAUA